UCAUUGGCCAUCAUGAGUUGGAGUAAAUGACCCUGAUGCACAGUUAAUUAGGUCCUGAAUAGACUUUGCUUUGUUGAUUCUUAGUUGCUUGGCAACAACCGCGCCCUGCCUAUUGAAGGUGCAUUCCUAUUGACAGUAUGGCACAGGCCUAUUUUUCUUGGGGCACGUAUGCAAAUACAUGGAGGUGUGGUAAUGCUGUAUUUAGGCAACGUUGUCUGUUAGUCUUUUCAGUUAGCGACCUUAGGAGGAACGUUGUUGUCCAUCCGCAGUCUGUGGUGAAAAGUGUUGUGUCAGGAUGGGGAAUUGAACAGGUGAGAAAUUUGAUUCUGUAAUUUUAGAAGACUAUCCUUCACAAGAUGGAGGUGACUGCAGAGAUGAGAAGUGCGCUCAUGAAGGGUCGCAUGACGGCCCUCCCACCUGACAAGUCUAACAUCGUGCGCAUCUUUAUGAGCUCCACUUUUGCAGACAUGGCGAAGGAGCGAAACAUCCUCCUGCAGAAGGCGUACCCGGAGCUGCGGGAGUUCUGUCAGAAGCAGGGGCUGGACUUCCAGGUCAUGGACAUGCGCUGGGGCGUCCGGGACGAGGUGGUGGCUGAUCACAUGACCUGCGCCCUGUGUCUGAUGGAGAUUGACACCUGCAAGAGACUGUCGGUCGGGCCCAACUUUGUGGCAUUCCUUGGAAACAGGUAUGGCUAUCGUCCCAUUCCAGCAAAGAUAGAGGCGGAAGAGCUCGACAUCCUCAUAAAGAAGGCCAGUGAACUAGACAUGGACACCACUGUCAUCAAGGAAUGGUACCUCAAGGACGACAACGCUGUCCCUGCAGUCUGUUUACUUCAGCCAAUCACCAGCAAGUUUAAAUACUACACAGACAUGGAGCCAGCCAAUGAGAGCCUGCGACAGAAAGACAAGGAGGGGUGGUAUCAGGUGACAGCUCAGUUGGAAAAUAUUCUCCGCACAGCUGUGAAGGCAGCUCACAAGGAAGGACUCGUCACUGAGGAGCAGCAACACAAGUACAUCAAAUCAGUAACUGAGACUGAGAUCAACAGAGGCAUCAUACAGUCAACUGAUGCCAACCAGAGAGCUGUCAUCUUUAUACGGAACCUGCAAAACAUCGAGAAGCACGUCGGAGCAGAUGCAGUCAGCGCCUACCUGGACCUGAUGGACAGAGAGAAGCUGAAUGAAGAAUCACAGAGACUGUUGGAGGACCUGAAGGGGAAACUGCCGUCCAAACUGAAGAAUGUUCACCAGUAUGAAGUGGAGUGGACCGACAAGGGGGUUAACGAAGACGUAGAAAGUCACGCUUCAUAUCUGGAACGGUUUAGCGAUGACUUUGUGGCUGAUCUGAAAGCAAUGAUUUUCAAGAGCCUACAGAGCGAGAGUGAACAGGAACAGAAUGACGAUUGGUUUUUGACUGAAGUGAUCUCACACGCACGUUUCUGCCAGGCUAAGUGUGAAAGUUUCUGUGGAAGACAGGAGAUCUUUGACGCCGUGUACUCGUACAUGAAGGACACGGCCAAGGUCAACCAUCAACCGUUUGUGAUCCACGGAGCCUCUGGUAGCGGGAAGUCGUCCAUCAUGGCCAUGCUGGCACAGAAUGCUGCACAGACGUUUGGAGAAAACCUGGUGACCAUCAUCCGUUUCCUGGGCACGUCACCACACAGCACCCUUAUCCACCCUGUUCUACAGAGCCUCUGUCUACAGAUAUGUGAGGUCUACGGCAUCGAGUCACCUGUGGAAAGAGUUCUCAACAACUUUGCCGAAAUCGUCCAAUACCUGUCCACGCUUCUGGACAAGGUGUCGGAGAAGGACCGGCCACUUCUCAUCCUCCUGGACUCCUUGGACCAGUUGUCGUCUGUGGACCGAGCCUACAGCCUGACCUGGCUGCCCAAGUCCCUCCCACCGAACGUCCACAUCGUGGUCUCCACCCUGCCUGAGGAGUUUGAUCUGCUGAAGACUCUGAAACGCACGAUACGCAGCGACAGCAGCUACAUCCAGGUGCCCACACUGUCAGAACAGGUGGGAAGUGAGAUUCUGGACACGUGGCUCGCUCGGAUCCAGCGAUGUCUCACAGAGAAGCAGAGGGAAGUCAUCUUGUCAGCGUUCUCACAUUGUCGGCAGCCGUUGUUUCUUAAGCUGGCUUUCGAUGAAGCUCGAAGAUGGAAGUCGUACACUCCAGAAUCAGAACUACGGAUUGCCCAGUCAGCACGUGCAGCCAUCAACCUGCUGUAUGAGAGACUGGAGGUGCAACACGGAACCAUUUUCGUGUCACACACGAUGGGAUACAUUGCUGCUGCCAGGAAUGGAAUAGCUGAACACGAGUUAGAGGAUGUCCUCUCCCUGGACGAUGAAGUGUUGGAUGACGUGUACCAGUACUGGUCUCCCCCCAACAAGGACCUGGUGCGCAUCCCUCCUCUCAUCGUCACCCGCCUCAAGUACGACAUCAUGGAGUACCUCGCCGAGAGGCAAGCAGAUGGGAAGAGGGUCCUGCAGCUGUUUCACAGACAGUUCAUAGAGUGUGCACAGGAGCGCUACCUGGCGGGAGACAGCAGCAGAGCACGUCACCACAUCCUGGCCGACUUCUUCCUCGGCACGUGGAGCAACGGUCGCAGGAAGGAGAUCACCAUGGAUGUCAACGGGAAGAAGGAGUAUUACAACGCCGACCGCAACGUCGUUCCCCAGCCCAUGAAGUAUGACGACAACGUCUUCAACCGGCGCAAACUGAACGAGGUGACCUUUCAUCUUCUCCACGCAGGCAGGAUGGACGACAUCUUCGAACACACUCUGGGCAAUCUCAACUUCAUGCACAACAUGAUUGACGCCUUCAGUGUGAAGGACCUAAUAGAAGAUUACAACAUGGUGCUUCAGGUGCAGGAUAACCUGGAAAUCAGGCUUCUCAGGGAUGCACUGAGACUCAUCAAACCUACCUUGGAGUUUAAAGGUGGAUACACCAAUCCCUUGGCUGCAGAGUUUGUGGGUCGCUUGGACUGGCUAAGUGACCAAUCCCGGCACAUAGAGUCCUUCAUGUCCCAGUGCAGAGCCUGGUGCACACAGUGGUGUGUCAGAGAUGGAGAGCCCCGUCUGAUACCCCAGGGUGCUAUAGGUUGCUCGGGACAGCUAGCCAACCAAUCAUCGCCGCAACGUUCCUGUUGCACGCGAUGGUGUGACAGUGAACGAGACCUGUCCGUGAUAACCCGGGGUGCUAGCUUCCCACCACCAGGUGGUCCCCUGCGGACGACCCUGGCCCACCACAGAGCCGGCAUCACGUCCAUCGCCAUGACCCCAGACGGAGGCUACAUGGUGACCGCUGCACGGGACUGCACCAUCCGCAUCUACGAGAAUGAGUCGGACGUCAUGGAACUGGAGAGGACACUGACGGGUCAUACAGCUGCUAUUGAAGUCCUGUCUGCAGCCCCCAACAAUGAGCUGCUGGUGUCCGGCUCGCUGGACAACACCCUAAAGGUGUGGAACCUGGAGACGGGCCGGCUGGUCAUCACCAUGGAGGAGGACCACGCCUACUACCAGCAGCACGCCCUGCUGACCACCACCAUGGACUCCCGCAAGGUGGUCUCACCUGCUGGGAAACUGGUUAAUGUCUGGGACAUAGAGUCUGGCAAGCUGCAGUUCACCUUGAAGGGGCACGAGGGAGCUGUGUCUUGCCUGGCUGUUUCCCAUAACAACCAGUACAUCAUCACAGGAGCAGAAGACAACACCAUCAAGAUGUGGAGCACAGAGACAGGGGAGCUGAAAAACACCUUCUCCCACCACACAGAUCACCUGACCUGUCUCAGGGUCACCCAGGAUGAAAGGAUUGUUUCCGGGUCAAAGGACACGACACUUUCUGUCAUAGACAUGGAGAAGGGGGAGGUAGUUCACAGGUUAGAAGGGCACUCCCAUCCUAUAUACUCUCUAACCAUCACAUCAGAUGGUAGAUAUGCAGUAUCCGGGUCAGACAAGGUGGUAAAACUGUGGAACUUGUCUGAGGGGAAAGAGGUUCACCAUUUGCAGGGGCACUACGGUAUUGUGGACUGUGUCGGGGUUACCAGCGACAACAAGGUCAUCGUGUCCGGAGCUCGGGACGAACAUUUGAAUGUCUGGGACUUCCAGAGCGGUCAGCUCAUCCAGACAUUGGACGGACAAGCGGCAAAGAUCACCGCGAUGGAGGUGACCGGUUACAUUGUGGUGACGGCGUCCACAGACUCCUACUACACCAAGGUUUGGGACGUCGAACAGAGCAAGAUGAAGAUGUCCACUCCCAGGUUCAUCGACAAGUACGGCAUUGUGGGUGUGACGAGUGAUGCAGGGUACGUGGUGUACAAACGUGAGGGCAGCGAGAAUGAGGUGAACUUGUGGAACUCAAAAGACGGCAAAGACAUCCGAACUAUCACUGACAAGGAUGGCUCCAUAACAUGCCUGAGGAUCACUCACAACAACAACUGUGUGGUGACUGGAGAUGAGGCAGGUUUUAUCAAGCUGUGGAACCUGAACACAGGCCAGUUUAUUCGGCAGCUGGACCAGGCCUCAGGUGGCAUCAGGUGCUUCUGGAUUACACGUAUGGACAGGUACCUGGUGGCAGUCACAGACAGCAAUGCAGUUUCAGCCUGGGAUAUCGACUCCAUGACACUUCUAUGGACCCGCAAGCCAAACUGUGAGGGGAAAAUCACCUGCGUCACCAUGACUGAUGACAGGAAGUACACCGCAGUCGGCACAGACGAGAAGCAAAUCUUAGUUUUUGACAACAAACUUGACAAAGCUGCACACAUUCUGGUCGGGCAUCAGAGCCCGCUGACAUGUUUGAGUGUCAGCCAUAACCAGAAGUUGUUGGCGUCAGGGUCGUCAGGUGAAACCAUGAGGGUGUGGGACCUGGGCACGGGGAGACUGGUACACGAGCUGUACGCAAAGUCACCCGUGUUUAAAGGGAUCGUGUGUUUGUCGUUUAGUCACGACGACAAAUACCUGCUGACUGGUGGUCACGACAGGUCACUUAAGAUGUGGGACCUCGAAACAGGAAAUAUGGUGACUGCCCAAUAUGUCUAUGCAACAAUCACCAACAUAGUGGCCAACCGGGACAAUAUCGUACUGACCACGAAACUUGGUUACGUCAUCAUCGAGGACAUUCUGCUGCCUUCGCCGCGUACUCCGGAACCAGACGAGAGUUUGUUAGGUGGGCAGCCUGACUUUGAGGAAGCCGCUCAACCUGUAAUUAAAGUCAGGAGCCGCAUGAUGAAGAAAUCUCACUUCUGCCAAAUUCUGUAGAGUUUGGACUUUUGUACAAUGCUCAUUCCACAAACAGAAAAAUUGGAUGGUGACAAUAUUUUCAAAUGUGAAUAAUGAUAUUUCACAAUUUUUAUAUGCAACAAUUGGAAAUAAGACCUGAAAUUAUAUGAUACUAGUAAUGUGCAAUAUCUACAUAUAUCUCAUGUAGAUAGUUGAUGAUUAAGGUAUAAGAUAAGUUACCUUUGUGAUAAGUUGUAAGUCCUAACAUUCUAUAUUGUCAUUGAUCAUAUAGAUUUGUACUAGUAAUUUAAGGCGCAGUCAGAUUUUAUGAAUUUACUGGACCAAUGUAAAUAUUAAUGAUAGACAAUGCAGUGUAAUAUUUUUUUAAAACAUCAGGGAUAUCUCAAUGCUUAGAGUACAAAUAUCUAAUGCUUUACCACAAGCAGUGUAUGUAUGUAUGAAAAUAUAAAAGUUCAAGUUGCACAUUUACCAACUGUUACUUAAACUUUAGAGGUUAGAUGCAAUCUUAGGCAGAAAUCCUGGCACAAGUAGGAAUAAAUUUUGCAAUUACUUUUCCCACAAAUAUGUACUAUGCAAAUGGAGCUGGGUUUAUGUAGAUGAGGAGGGUCAAGAUGUACUUUUAAAAGAGUCUCCCUAUGAAGUCUGUGGUAAAAGGUACUUAGCAGGAUUUUAAAGAUAUAACAACUUGUCACUUUAGACAAGUUCAUAUGUAUAUAGCAAUUUCCUAGUUCUGAUAAAAUCAUAAGGUGGCAGCUUGUGUGAAAGGGAACAUUUUGUGAACAUUGAACUUGUUUUCACGAAUUAUUUCAGCUGUUGUAAAUAUAUCACUACCUGUUAAUGAUAUGCACUUCAAGCUUGUGCAUGUGCAAUAGUUAUUUUGUCAUAAUGAAAUAAUGACGUGUCCCUCAAUGCUGUCAUCCAAAUCAAGAAAAAAAGAUUUCCAACCAGAUUAUCAUGUUUAGAUAGAAUGCUUGAAAAAUAUCUAUGCAAGUUCUUACCAUUGUUGAUAAGGAGUUAUAGAUGAUUCAUAGAUAUAUGCCUGUGGAUGCAGCAAUUAAAAGAUCAAUAAAAAUUGACAGUUCCGUGGCUAUGA